GGGUUUUAAGCUGUAUUCGAUCUCGCAUCUCUCGGCAGUCGCCAAGUUCAUCAUUGUAUCUUCUCCUUCCAUCGCUUGACAAUGGCCGUCGGGAAGAACAAGAGGAUUUCCAAGGGAAAGAAAGGUGGAAAGAAGAAGGCAACCGAUCCGUUCGCCAAGAAGGACUGGUAUGAUAUCAAGGCUCCAUCUCUGUUUACUACUCGCAACAUCGGAAAAACUUUGGUGACUCGUACUCAGGGUACCAAGAUUGCUUCUGAAGGUCUUAAACACCGUGUGUUUGAGGUGUCCCUUGCUGAUCUUCAAGGUGAUGAAGAUCAUUCCUACAGGAAGAUCCGUUUGAGAGCAGAAGAUGUGCAAGGAAAGAAUGUCCUGACCAACUUUUGGGGAAUGGACUUCACCACAGACAAGCUUAGGUCCCUUGUCAGGAAAUGGCAGACUUUGAUCGAAGCCCAUGUGGAUGUUAAGACCACAGACGGUUUCAGUUUGAGAAUGUUCUGCAUUGGGUUUACUAAGAAGCGCCCUAAUCAGCAAAAGAGAACAUGCUAUGCUCAGUCAAGCCAGAUCCGUCAGAUUCGCAGGAAGAUGAUAGAGAUCAUGGUUAAUCAAGCUCAGUCUUGCGACCUGAAGGAUUUGGUUCAGAAAUUCAUUCCUGAAUCUAUUGGUAGGGAGAUUGAGAAGGCAACAUCUAGCAUCUACCCACUUCAGAAUGUGUACAUCCGUAAGGUUAAGAUCUUGAAGGCUCCCAAGUUUGAUCUUGGCAAGCUUAUGGAGGUUCACGGGGAUUACUCAACUGAAGACACUGGUGUAAAGGUUGACAGACCCGCCGAGGAUGAGACUGCUGAACCUGCAGUCGUUGUUGGUGCUGAGUGAUGAUAUGUGUUAGAAGUUUCCUUUUCCUUUUGCCCAGUUUUUUUGUGUUGUCAGUUUAAUACUGCAUUCCAAAUUGUUAGACUUGUUUUGUUUUACCUUCCAACAUAAAUUAUAUUUGUUCAACUUAAGGAUGGAAAUUUUGAACUUAA